AUGGCCAUCCGUCAGGUGCCCGUACACGUGGCAUGCGACGUCCCAGAUGGGAUAGCGCUUCAUAUGGAGGAUGUUGACGGCAUCGGCGUCCCGAGUAUGUCGAUGGCUGUUUCCAUGAAAUUGAGCCUUCCUAUUCAUGACCUUCUCAAGAUGUUGGUUUCGUGGCAGGAGCAUGAGGCUCGGUCCAUCCAGCAUGUGCCUUCGCCUCAGGCGGCCGAGGAGAGCCACAGAGAGGCGACGGAACUAUGCGAAUCAGCCAACUUCGGGCCGGUUCCUCUUCGAAACUCCCCGGCAUAUGUGGCGUAUAAGGCCCAGAACGGCUGGGAGCGGAUCUCCGCUCCCAGGGUCGUCGUGCUGGAAGACGAGAUGAAGCUGAGAGCAGCCGCCUUUCAGGCCUUGCCUCUUCCGGAACACAGGGCCAGGAGCUAUGCAGACUUCAAGGAAGACCCGACUUCUGCGUCCGUGGGCCCCUCCGUCGCCGAGGCAACGGCCGACUCUGCGAUGUGUAGCCCAGGCCCAAGCGCCGCCCCCUGGCUGGAAGUCGCCGGCGCCAGAAGCACCACGCCGGAGAUCCGCGCCGGUCCUGUUAGCAGUGCCAGAAGACGGCCCGGGCUGGAACAUUUGAGAGGAGGCCCCGGAUGUUGGUGCCCGGAUCCGCCAUAUCAUCACGAGGUUGCAGAGCCUUCUUCCACGGUCGAUAUCAAGCAGGUUGGCAACUUCCUCGGGGAGGCCUUCUCGCUCUCUCAUACGAUUCGGCUGGAGUUUUUGAAUUCGGUGGUCCUGCAGAACACUGGUGUGGUCUCUGCGCUGAUCCAGGUCUUCCACAUGCUCCAGCUGCCCGAUGACCUGCAGAAGAUCAAUCGACUGGUGCAUGGCGUCGCGAGGAUAUGGUGGAGGCAGCACGAGCGCAUGCAGCGUGAAAGCUCUGGCGCAGUGGCACCCCGAAAGCCACCCGCCAUGGAGAAUGGCGCCGUUCAGCUCAGUCUCUCCCAGGAGCUGAAUGGUUUGGAGCUUAAGCAAUACCUCUCCGGCUCGGAUGUCUUGCACCAGCUGAUGUUCUCCACCGUCAUGCUCCAUUGGUACCUCUACAGGGACGGCCCCAGCGGGCAGAAGAAGGACAUGGACUUUGACACGUGGCAGCGGCAAAACCGCGGCAUUGAGACCAACGGCACGAAUGUGCCGGACCACGUGCAGCAGCAGGUCUAUGCAUUGGUGAACAAGGCCUUCAUUCCUGAGCUGGCCGUCGCUUCGGCGCAAAAGAAGCCGGAGGGGGGGCCAGAUGAGGGAGGGGGUCCUGGAGAAGUUGCACCCGAAAGGCCAACGGCGCCAUUGCUUGCCCCCUUUGCUGCUGCAGAAGGGUGGGCUCAGAUCGUCGGCGGCGGCUUCCCGAAGCCCAGCGGUGCGGCGGGCGUGCAAACAGUCACGUACUCGCACGUUUCCAGCAUCUUCAGCGAGGUGACCCAGGGCACCUCAGGCUUGGUACGCAGCCCCCUGGCUGCCAGCACCACCGACGUGAGCAAGCGCACCCCGACGGGAGUCGAGGCGGUGCCUGGCACGAGGAUGGUGAAGCGUGAUGACUUCGCCUGGCUGUCUGUCGUCUACACGCUCCUCUUCUUCGCCGCCCACCCUCAAACUGGAGCCCCGUACGCCUUCAUCGAGCUGCGGAAAGUUAGCAUCUCGCAGAUGGACGAAGGCAAUCAGGAGCUCACGCUGGUGGGGGUUGCAGACCCCGAGGACCCAGAUGCAGACUUCGUCGCCGGCGGGGCGGCGCCUUCCCGGCGCAGCCGAGAUCGCCCCGGGGAGCCCGGAAGCGGGUCGGCACCGGUGGGCAUCGUCCUCCUCCUUCCAGAUGGCCGCUGGCAGGAGAUGAGCAUGCCCAAGCUUGAUCUCCGCUUCCCCUCGGCUGAGAGCCUGAAGAUGUGGUCCAAUCAGAUCAUGGCUGGAAGCCAAGGACGCACCAGCCGACCUUCUACCGGAUCUGUUUCCGCGCUGCACCGAAUACAGGCUACGUGA